AUGUCAUUCCAGUCUAUUAUAUCACCUAGUAGAGAAGGCUGGAAAUCACAGAGGCUGUUUGCACAGAUAUGCCACAGUUGUCUCUCGAGAAGGACCCCAGUAUUGACUCACCAUAUACGGCGAAAUACAAGCCUUGCAUCAGCAGCUACUUCCUCCACCAGCACCGCCACCAGUGUCAACACCACCAUACCAUUGAAAACAGCUAUCAAACCCUACAAGCCAACACAGAGUAAGCCAUCGUCGACCUCCGUUACUACUCGAGACAAGCAAAAGUUAUUAGAGAGCUUGCGAAACGAGUUAUACCACCACGACACCUCGACCUCCUUGCAAAGUCUUGACCCCCGCAUCUCGAGCUAUUCACCUCUUGUUCGGAAAGCCAUCAGUCGACGGGAAUCUAGAAAGCAGCUAUUGGAGAUGUACUAUUCCUUGAAAGCAUCACCACACCAUUUUGCGCAAUUGACACAAAUGGAUAUUGACACUCUGGUUUCUCGACUCAUGUCCAACCCUGACGAUCUUACGACGAAUGCGUCCAUGUACGAAGCAUACCAAAUCUUGCAGGAUCUGAAGCGUCGAAAGUUCAAGCAUGCACAGUAUCGAUUAGGGGAUGCGGAAAAGAUGAUAUACCUUGCAACAGAAUUGAACCACUCAAAACGAGCAGAAGAUUUACUGGCAGAAACGACAGCCAAGUGGAAAAAAGUAGGCAUGGAGACAUAUGAAGCUGUGAUGCGAGUAUUAUCAAAGAACAAGCAGCAGGACAGAAUCGAUUAUUGGUUAGAGCAUAUUCAAAGGCUGGACCUAGCGCCCACUCGAAGCAUCGUGAGCUCUGUGAUUAUGUGUAUGGUCGCAUCAGAUCAAUUGGAGGCCGCAGCACACUACUUGAAGAGAAAUCACCCUGGUCAAGACCUAGCACAAUUGGUCACUCGAUAUGUUACAGACGAUAGACAGUUGUUAGACGAAGCGCUCAACGUUUUUGCAAUGGAUUGUAUGAGGCAGUGGCGAUUGAACGACAUGCGACUUAUUUAUAUGCGAAAGCGGCAUUUUGGUAUGAGCACCUUCUCGGUUGUGAAAAACUUGUUGGACAAAAGCAUACACACUGGACAGCUACACACAGCAGAGCAACUUUUGUCAGAUACACUCUACAUGCAAGACACGACAAGCGCGCAAGUUUGCUCAAGGAAAUUGAUUGAGUGGUACACUUCACAAAAGGACAUUGCACAUGCAGUCAGCAUUUGGGAACAGAUGGAGGAACACAACCUUGCGGUACCUCUACAUACGAUGCAAGUACUACUCGCACGAGCAGCGAAAUUGAGAUACCAUGUGGAUACAAUGAGACUCUACAAAAGAUGCAAAGAGUUAUACCCUGGAUUUAUACAAGCGGAUACAACGGUGCAUGUUCUACGCUGUUUGAUACGUUCCAAACAAUUCGAUACAGCCCAAGUACUGUCCCUGGAGGUUGAGAAGACUGUGCCUGAAAUGAAGCCUAAUUUAGCCAAAGCUGCUGUUCGAGCUUUAUUUAGUUUGUCUGCGCAAACAGGGCAGGUGGAUCUAUUUGAAAGCGCUUUUCAACUGAACAAGCAGCUUGACCUUUCAUUGACUCACGUGGGAUUGUCCUCUUUGGUGGCGUGCUAUCUUAUCAAAGGCGAUGUUCAAUCCGCAAAGUCAACAUUCAAAAUCAUCGCUGCUCAUACAACUGGUCCAGAUGUCGUUGAUUUCAACUUGCUAAUGCGUGCAACUGUAAUGGAGGAGGACAAAACAACUGCUUAUGACAAAAUCCUGGAUAUCCUCACUCAUAUGAAGCUUGUCAAUGUCACGCCGGAUUUAUCGACAAUGCGUACAAUGCUCAACUCGUAUGAUGCCCCAAGUGCCAUGAGAGACAGCUUGUAUGACAAAUUACUCAACUCACCCUCGGCAUCUCGAGCAGAUCAAGUUUUUCUCAACAACAUCGCCAUCACCAAUCUACUGAAAAAGAAGAAGAUUGAGUUUAUGGUUGGAUUGCUAUUUCGAAACAAUCGUGGUGAGCUAUUUCCUGGUCAAGACGACAAGCACAUUGAAGUGAACGGGUUGACAUUCAAGAUCCUCAUGGAUGCAGCUACAUUUGACGAUAAAAACUCGAGUAUAGCCGAGAAAUUGUUCAAAUCAAUGCGAUCCCGUGGAAUGAAACCUGAAAAAGAAACCUAUGAAAAGCUGAUCGCCAUGUUGGCUAGAAAGGGCCGACUACAAAAAGCUCGAAAAUACAUUAUCAAAAUGGAACAAGAAACUGGAUGCAAAGCAAAUGUAGAAACCUAUACCAAACUUGUGGAUGGAUUGCUCAAAAUCGGUAAACCUCACUUGGCCAAAGAAAUUAUACUGCAAGACAUGCCUCUUAAUAAUAUUCCACUCAACAAUAUCAUGCUGCGAAAACUGAGACGUAUAGAAAGAAAAUUAUCACCAACAUAG